GCUCUCUUCUCCUCACCUCUACAGUCGUUCUAAUACUCCCGUCGCGUCGCAUAAUAUUCCUACUCUCGCCCUCCUUUGUCUCCCCUCAGACCGUAAUCUUUGCAACCAACAGCCUCUCCCUUCGAUCGCCCUCGUCUUCCAUCCCAAAAUGACCAAUUUUGGCCUGCCCUACUUCCUCGAGGACACCACAGGAAAGCUCACCGGCUCAGACUUUGUCGACCUCCACAACCGAAUGCACCUCAGCCUCAAGCAGACCCUCCGCGACGCGCACCAUACGGCCUAUGUCAUCUACGAUCUUUCCUCGCGCUCGGGCGGUCGCGGCGGCCUCCUGGUCCCCCUCGCCAGCCUCGAUUUCGGGCCCCAGAACGCGCUUGGCUCAAUCAAACUCGCAGACGGAGAGCACGUACCGAUGGGCCACUAUCUGAUGAAGAGUGCCUCCAUGAGCAAGUCGCGCAAGUUCAAGGCCGCAGACGGUCAGGAGUACCGCUGGACGCUCCAGCCCGACGGCGAGUGGCAGUGUACCAACGCGAAAAGUAACUACCAUGUUGCGACGUACAGCAUGAAGCCUGCCGGCGAACCGCAAUACUCCAGCUCGUCCGGCUGCAUGCUGACGGUCGAAGAGGCAUACCCACAUCUCGUCGGCGAACUGCUUGCCUCACUAAUCGUCAUGCGCCAUAUUGAGCAGUACAAUCUGUGAUGCUUACGGACUCCCGCCGCUAUACCUCUAGUCCGAGCAAGCCUCGUGUCUCACGCCGGUGCCACUUGUCUCCGUAUCGCUCGACCUCUUAAAGCCAAAACUUCCCGCCGGUUUACGGGUGCUGCUACUCCGAAAUACUCUACGGCUACUCUAUAAUCGACCUAAUAACCUGCUGUUCGCGUCUUACAUAUAUCGCCUCAACUACCAACAACGUUACCAAAACUUGUACGCAUACUGUAUAAUUGCCGUCACCUCCUCCGUAGAUAAUCCGCAACCUCAAUUGUUCACGUACUCAAUCCUGCUCGUCAUCUGCACGCAUACACCUAGUACUUUUACUGCUCUUACAUGUACACAGACCGUCCCAUCGGC